AUGACCAUGGAUAAAAGUGAGCUGGUACAGAAAGCCAAACUCGCCGAACAGGCUGAGCGCUAUGAUGACAUGGCUGCCGCUAUGAAGGCAGUCACGGAGCAGGGGCACGAACUCUCCAAUGAAGAGAGAAAUCUGCUCUCUGUCGCCUAUAAGAAUGUGGUAGGCGCCCGCCGUUCUUCCUGGCGUGUCAUCUCCAGCAUUGAACAGAAAACAGAGAGGAACGAGAAGAAGCAGCAGAUGGGCAAAGAGUACCGGGAGAAGAUAGAGGCAGAACUGCAGGACAUCUGCAACGAUGUUCUGGAGCUGUUGGACAAAUACCUUAUUCCCAAUGCUACACAACCAGAAAGUAAGGUGUUCUACUUGAAAAUGAAAGGAGAUUAUUUUAGAUAUCUUUCUGAGGUGGCUUCUGGAGACAAUAAGCAAACCACUGUGUCGAACUCUCAGCAGGCUUACCAGGAAGCAUUUGAAAUUAGUAAGAAAGAAAUGCAGCCUACACACCCCAUUCGACUUGGCCUGGCACUGAAUUUCUCAGUGUUUUACUACGAGAUCCUGAACUCUCCUGAAAAGGCUUGCAGCCUGGCGAAAACGGCAUUUGAUGAAGCAAUUGCUGAAUUGGAUACACUGAAUGAAGAGUCGUACAAAGACAGCACGCUGAUCAUGCAGUUGCUUAGGGACAAUCUCACUCUGUGGACGUCGGAAAACCAGGGAGAUGAAGGAGAUGCUGGGGAGGGAGAGAACUAA